CGAGUCAGACGCUUGACUCCCAACGACUAUCAGGUCCUUCAGGACUGGGCUCCAGCUGCACAAUUCGAUAGUGGAUCGAUAGCUCCUGUCUCGAUGAUACCGGACAAACCUGGCAGCGGCGCAGUUCGUUUUAUGCAUACACGGUACUGUACUGACAAAUCGCCUCGUUUUGAUUUGUUUUUUUGUGACGAAUUUACCAUUACAGUACCUAACUACAACCUCCAACGGCGGAGUUGUCGCCACCUAGCUAUGUGUUGGCGGGCGUAGCGGACAACCGAGGUCGUCGGGCGGACGACAAGAUGGCCCACCCACUGUGGCAUCAUGCUGACCCGCCGUGCUGGCCUUUACUGUACCGCCGAGCGCCUUGGACUCCAGAAGAGGCUCUUCCAAACUUGCGAACAGUGACAGUCACAGUGACAGUGACAUUGAGCCGGCUUUCUGCCCGGGAAGCUCUGAAUUUCCGCCGGAAAUCCCGUGAUGCGGUUUUGCGAGUGGAGAUGGGGGCACUGGUUUGUUGAGGAGGGGACGGAUGGAGAGAGGGGGGCUGCGGCGGGUGUUUUCAUUAGAUCGGAUCUGCACGGGGGCAUUAUGAGGCGGAGGAGGGGGGAGGGGAGAGCGGAUCUCUGCGGGGAGCAGCGUGAGCGGACCUCCUCAGGAGGCUGCUGCUCCGGCGAGGGGUGCUGGGGGAGUGGCAUGCGGCAAGGCCUCAAUUCCGAGGCCUCGGGUCGGGACUGAGUGGUACAAACACAUGCCCUUCUAGGCUACUACUGUACUAGGCACCACCACUGGUGCUCUUCACACCAACGUCGAACGUUUUCACAAUCCGAAGUCUAUUCGCCGUCUCCCACGAAUAAGAAGGUGUCGGGCGUCACCCCUUGAAUAAGCCCUCGCCGCUAGCCAUGGCACCUCGCCGCCUUCCGGCGUUAGUUGUUUCAGCGCAAGCGGCGGCGCUUGCGCUGCUGCUCGUCGUCGCGGCGGCGCUUGGCGGGGUGCAUGCAUCGGGGGGAAGGGCGGAGCCGCGCAGGCUGGCCGCGGGUGGAAGCGGGACUGCAGCGGAGCUGGUAAAGGACUCCCCCCGUUCUUCCGCGGAGGGGGAAGUGAGGAAUUCCGCGCUUGUGGUGAACGAUUCCGCGCCUUCUUCCGCGAAAGGGGGUGAGGAGGCGGAGGCGGAGGCGGAGGUGGAGGCGGGGGUUCCGCCGCUGCAGCUGAUAAUAGCGGAGGAAGGGCGCGCAGUGGGCGCAGUGUGCUUGGACGGGUCGGCUCCAGGAUUCUACUAUCGGAAGGGCUAUGGCUCAGGCCGCAACAACUGGGUGCUCUUCUUCGAGGGCGGCGCAUGGUGCUCGUCGCACCACGCCUGUGCGCACAGGGCCACCACCAUCUUGGGGUCGUCAGCCCUCUUUCUGCCUGCUGAAGAGAUGGAGAGCACGGAGAGGGGCAUGAAGGGCAUGUUCAGUGCCAACCGCACCAUCAACCCGGACUUCUACAAUUGGAAUGCGGCAUUCUUCCCUUACUGCGAUGGCGGCUCUUUCUCAGGCGAUCGGGAGCACAUACCCGUCCCCAGUGGCGCGCCUCUGUAUCUUCGCGGCAGAAGGGUGGCUGACUUGCUUCUGAAGCACCUGAUUGACAGGAUGGGGCUUGCCCAGGCACACCAGGUGGUUGUGGCGGGGUGUUCGGCAGGUGCCGUGGCAGUGCUGCUACACUGCGAUCGGAUCCGAGCCGCACUGGAGGCCAUCGCUCCCUCCAUUAGCGUCCGCUGCAUCGCAGAUUCCUCCAUGUUCCUUGACCUCCCAGAUGCAAACAACACAAGGAAUGUGGAAGCCCUUUUUACUAAUGUCACAAAAAUGCAUAACAUGUCUGCCAGUCUACCUCCAGCAUGCCUCAAGGACCGGCCGCCAGAGAAGCAUUACGAGUGUUUCAUGGCAGAGCACCUGCUGCCGUACAUCUCCACGCCUCUCUUCCUGAUCAACAGCAACUAUGACAUAGUGGCGCUGCGGCUCAUUGUGGGGCCAGAGGCGGUUAGUGCGAGCAGCGGGAAGCCCAAAGACUGCCUGGAACAAGUGGACACCUGCAGUGAAGAGGAGAAGAAACGGAUGGAGGCUUUCAGAAAGGGGGUCACCUCAGCUGUGGCUCCUCUUCUCCACGCUGACCCUCCCUCAGCCUCCUCUCUCUCAGCAUCACCAUUGGCACCACUCUCCACUCCUCCUAAUGGGGUCUUUCUCUUCUCAUGCUUCCAGCACGGCUCCAUCCACCUGGACAUGCCGUGGAAGCUGCGCACAGCAAACGGGGUGCCCAUGAACGAAGCAGUUGGCCGGUGGGUGCACGCCAACGACAAUGAGAAGAUUCAUCUUGUGGAGGGAAGCUAUCCGUGCAACACCUGUGGCAUGACGCUCUGAAGUGCGACGUGAGGAGAUCAUUUCCCCCUGCAGCUGUAUUGCUUUGUUGCCUCAAGUUUCAUCUCGUUGACAGAAGCUAGACAGCACUUGCGGCUUCACGUUUUGAAGUACAGCCAGGAGGAGUGUCCCCAGUGCUGAUCUUUGGUUUUUCACUACUCUGAACUCUGGUGGUGACUUUCCCAACUAUGAAAAUCAGAGUGGUCACGAAGGCAUCAGAGUAACCCUAUAAUUGCAAUUAUAAUACCAUGGCUAGUCAGUGUGAUAUAUUUUCCCACUCUGGUUGUAGUACUGAGCUGGUUUAGAGGCAUGGUGGAAUGAUGCUGGCCAAAGUAAUUACCGUAUUCCCCCGUAUAAAGCAUCCUAGGGUGGUAACCAAAAUGCGUCUAAAUUUUGAGGGGGGUGUAAUUAGUGGCUAAUUUUGUAUAAUGCCUAGGUGUUGUGGAACAUGCGUAUGUGAUAUU